AUGGCGGCGACACCAGCGAGCACAACCGAGGCGAAGCCGUCUAUUCUCCAGACGACAGACGCACUCCUAGCCGUCCCUUCGAGCGAGACCGUGUGGUCGGCGUGGUACAAGGAGUCGGAGGACAAGUUUUUGGAGUUCAAGAGCUUCGAGCCGGCGCCGGCAACGGGAGGCCCAGGCAACAUGUCCCGCGCUGGGUCCGUUCGCACGUUAUCGAUGCGGCAGAUCAGCGGGCAGUUUGAGGAGGAAGUGGCCAAGUCAUGGGAGGAGGACUGGGAGGACGAGGACGUGGAAGACACCUUCGAGCACAUCAUCGGCCAGAUUUCACAGCUUCACGUCACCAAGGCCGCGUCCAAGUAG